UUGUUGACGAAAAUAACUUGAAAUCGGUUACGAAUCACAUUUGGUGAGAAUUUUCUGUGAAUUUGAUCUGAUCGGAGCAAAAUUGUGGAUCUAAUUAGGGAUUUCGAGAUCUGCCACCGACAACCACCACCAUGAGAGUGGCAGGGCAACAACCACCACCGUCAUCUCCGUCAACAUUAACAGCAAAAGAUGCGGAGUCUCUCUUCCGUACCAAACCCAUAUCCGAAAUCCGAAAUGUCGAAGCUGCAACCCGAAAACAGAUCCAAGACAAGAGCGAAGAGCUCCGGCAGCUUGUGGGCAAUCGUUACCGGGAUCUCAUCGAUUCCGCUGAUUCAAUCGUCAACAUGAAGUCGUCUUGCCACUCAAUCUCCGAUAAUAUAUCCGCCGUUCACGAUGGUAUUCUUCAUUCCCUUUCAUCAACCACAAUUAACCCAAAUUCUGCAUCGUCAAACCCAGCUAGGGCUCGAAUUUACGGCAUUGCGUGCCGUGUUAAGUAUAUAGUUGAUACUCCUGAGAACAUCUGGGGUUGCCUGGACGAAUCGAUGUUUGUCGGUGCAGCUGCUCGCUACAUGCGCGCGAAAUUAGUUCACCAUGGUUUAACAAGCAAUGAUAAUAACAAGAAUGUGUUAUUGAAAUUUCCUUUACUACAGCACCAAUGGCAGAUCGUUGAGAGUUUUAGAACACAAAUCUCUCAGCGUAGUCGCGAGAGGUUGUUGUUGGAUCAAGGUGUGGGGCUUGAGAUUUCUGCUUAUGCCGAUGCUCUUGCUGCUGUUUCAGUUAUUGAUGAACUCAAUCCGGCUCAGGUUUUGAGGCUGUUACUUGAUUCGAGAAAGUCUUGUGUUUCUCAGAAAUUAGGUAGUUGUAGGGUGGUUAGCGAGGAUGUGAUAAUGGUGUUUUGUGAAGUAUUGAAGGUGAUCCAGGUUAGUGUAGCACAUGUAGGGGAGUUGUUUUUACAGGUUUUGAGUGAUAUGCCUUUGUUCUAUAAGACGGUAUUGGGUUCGCCCCCUGCUUCUCAGUUGUUUGGUGGGAUACCAAAUCCAGAUGAAGAAGUGAGGUUGUGGAAAUCUUUUAGGGAUAAGUUGGAGUCUGUAAUGGUAAUGCUGGAUCGGGAUUUCAUUGCGAAGGCUUGUUUGGAUUUCUUGAAGAGUUGUGGGAAGGAGAUUAUUAAUAGGGUCAAUGGGCGGUACUUAAUUGACGCAAUCGAUAGUGGUCAACAGCUUGCUGCAGCUGAGAAGUUGAUUAGGGAGACCAUGGAAGGGAAGGAUGUGUUGGAAGGGAGUUUGGAGUGGCUGAAGAGCGUUUUUGGUUCUGAGAUCGAAAUGCCUUGGAAUAGAACCCGUGAGCUUGUUUUAGGCAAUGAUGAUGAUCUUUGGGACGAGAUUUUCGAAGAGGCUUUUUCAACCAGGAUGAAAGCGAUAAUUGACUCUGGAUUUGAUGAGAUGAAUAAUAUCGUCAAUGUGAAGGAAUCAAUUCUCACUAUUGCGGAGGGUCCUGGGGACCAAUUUGAUUUCCGUGCUUACUUGAAUAGGUCUCCUCUUGGUGGUGGAGUUUGGUUUAUGGAGCCAACCAGCAAAAAGGCUGGUCUAAUGACUAGUUGUAAAGCAUCUUCCGAGGAGAGUGAUUACCAGAGCUGUCUAAAUGCUUACUUUGGGGAUGAAGUUGGUCGAAUUAGAAUGGCAGUGGACAACCACUGCAGGAAUGUUCUUGAGGACCUAUUGAGAUUCUUAGAGUCGCCAAAAGCCUCUUUACGUUUGAAGGAACUAGCACCAUAUUUACAAAGCAAGUGUUUUGAAAGCAUGUCAACCAUACUUGCAGAACUCAAGAAUGAAAUGGAGUCCUUGUAUGCAGCCUUGGGGCAUGGAAACAGGGAAGAUGAUUCUUCACCAUCUUCAGCCAUAAUUGUCGAGAGGUCACUAUUCAUUGGAAGACUUCUGUUUGCAUUCCAGAAGUACUCCAGAAAUAUUCCUGUUAUACUUGGUUCUCCCCGCCUGUGGUUGAAUGAACCCAUGGCAGCAGUCUCUGGUAAGGUAUCACCACUUUUGAGGUAUUCUAGCGGAAUGUUUGAUUCUUUCACUUCUGAAAACCAUGGGAAGAAAAUGCUUACUUCACCUAGAAGACAAUCUUCGCUUACCGCUUCUGCCUUAUUUGGAGUCGGUGAUAGUUCGAGCCCACAACUUGGUGAACUUAGAAAAACAACACAAGAUCUUUGUAUUAGAGCUCAUAACUUAUGGAUAACUUGGGUUUCUGACGAACUUUCAGCUAUCCUCUCACACAGUCUCAGAAAUGACGAUAGUUUAUCGGCGACCACUCCCUUGAGAGGCUGGGAGGAGACAAUAGUCAAACACGAGGACUCUGCUGAGGACUCAUCAGAGAUGAAGAUAUCACUUCCUUCCAUGCCAUCCUUGUAUAUCACCUCAUAUUUGUUUCAAGCUUGUGAAGAAAUUCACCGAGUUGGGGGUCAUGUACUUGACAAACCUAUUCUGCAAAAUUUUGCUGCAAGAUUAUUGGAAAAGGUGAUCGAUAUUUAUGUGGAUUUCCUCUUCAAUGAUGAGGCUAGUGCAACCCGUGUUUCUGAAAAAGGAGUUCUGCAAGUCUUAUUGGAUCUAAGAUUUGCUGCUGACAUUCUAUCCGGGGGUGAUUUAAGUGGAAAUGAAGAUAUAUCAAAAACAUCAAAAACAUCAAAAACAAAAACCGCGUACAGGCGGAAGCAAGAUGCGCAACAAGCAAAGUCGGUUAUGAGAGAUCGCCUUGAUGGGUUGGUUAAUCGCCUCUCACAGAGGCUAGACCCGAUAGACUGGCUCACGUAUGAGCCAUACCUUAUGGAGAACGAGAAGCAGUCUUACCUUCGACAUGCAGUCCUAUUUGGUUUCUUUGUGCAGCUUCAUCGGAUGUACACAGAUACAAUGCAAAAAUUGCCUACAAAUUCGGAAUCAAAUAUAAUGAGAUGCUCUACAGUUCCUCGUUUCAAGUACCUUCCCAUCAGCGCUCCUGUAUUAUCUGCUAAGGGGACAAGUAAGUCCCCGAUAUCAACGUCGAUGGAUGAUGUUUCUUCAAGGAAUUCUUGGAGAAAUUACACCAAUGAGGAGCUAUCACGCAAUAUCGAUAUGGAUGACAAUACUAGUUUUGGAGUGGCAGCACCUUUACUCAAGUCUUUCAUGCAGGUUGGGAGCAGGUUUGGGGAGAGCACAAUGAAACUAGGAUCCAUGCUAACAGAAGGACAAGUAAGCAGGUUUGGAGACAUUUUACCUGCCCAAGCAGCUGGACUUCUUUCGUCAUUUACAGCCGGACGAUCAGACUACUGAUUUCGUUUGUCCAAACACCAUUCAUCAUGAUCAGUAUGUUUUUUUCUAUUCCAAAACGGCUGGCAAACGUGGGUAAUCGGGUGCCAACUUAAGGCGACAAUAUGCCCACAAGACCCCUGCGCUCAAAGGGAUGUGAACGAGCAUUUGUUGGCCAUAAAACGUGCAAUUUUCGGGCAAACUUGUGAAGACGGUGGCUAUUGUUGGAUUGGAUUAUAGGGGUUAAGUUUGUGUGUUUGUGAAUGUAAAUUUUGAUUUUGCUGGUUGUGUAAACGAGUGAAGUUAUGACGAUGAUGAUAAUAAUAAUUCAUGUGUUUUUUUAAAGUUUAUUUAGGAAGAAAAGAAGUGAGGAGAGAGGGAAAGGGUAAAUGUAGAAGAGAAGAGAUUAUUUGUAUACUUACUUUUUAUAGUAAUAUCUUGGUUUCAUUGUUU